CGAGAGCGGAGCCGGAAGGACAACGCCUGACAGAAGGACGGAGCCGUGCUGGACUGUACUGUAGUUAGCUACCUCUGCAAAGAUGCUGUCCAACAUCUCUAAUGUACUGAGAACUGGCGUUCAAAGAAAUGUAGCUGCAGUGGUCAUAUCAGCACGCACAUAUGCUGACUUUACCCCAGAGGCUACAUUUGAAAUAAAGAAAUGCGACGUCCACAAGCUGGAGGAGGGCCCGGCCACUCAGGUUGUUAUGACCCGAGAGGAGGGUCUCCAGUAUUACCGCACCAUGCAGACCAUGAGGCGUAUGGAGCUGAAGGCUGAUCAGCUGUACAAGCAGAAAAUCAUUAGAGGGUUCUGUCACUUAUACGAUGGCCAGGAGGCCUGCGCAGUGGGUAUUGAGGCAGCUAUUAAUCUGUCAGACCACCUGAUCACUGCUUACCGUGCCCACGGUUACACCUAUACCAGAGGAGGAACAGUGAGGGAGAUCAUGGCUGAACUCACCGGCAGGAGAGGAGGUAUCGCCAAGGGCAAAGGAGGCUCCAUGCACAUGUACUGUAAAAAUUUCUAUGGAGGAAACGGAAUUGUCGGGGCUCAGGUUCCCCUUGGUGCUGGUGUAGCUCUGGCUUGUAAGUAUUUGGGCACGGAUGAGCUGUGCGUCUGUCUCUAUGGUGACGGUGCUGCCAACCAGGGUCAGAUUUUUGAAACCUACAACAUGGCUGCACUUUGGAAGCUGCCUGCCAUCUUCAUCUGUGAGAACAACAGGUAUGGCAUGGGUACGUCAGUGGAGCGAGCUGCAGCCAGCACAGACUACUACAAGAGAGGAGACUUCAUUCCUGGUCUCAGGGUGGAUGGGAUGGACGUUCUGUGUGUUCGGGAAGCAACCAGGUUUGCUGCUGAUCACUGCCGAUCUGGGAAGGGCCCCAUCCUAAUGGAGCUUCAGACCUACCGCUACCACGGACACAGUAUGAGCGACCCUGGCGUCAGCUAUCGUACACGUGAGGAGAUCCAGGAGGUCCGGGGUAAGAGUGACCCCAUCUCCAUGCUGAAGGACCGCAUGCUGAACAACAACAUGGCCAGCGUGGAGGAACUCAAGGAGAUUGACGUGGAGGUGAGGAAGGAGAUUGAGGAUGCAGCUCAGUUCGCCACCACAGACCCCGAGCCCCCGCUGGAUGACCUCUGCAACCACAUCUUUUACAACGAUCCACCGAUGGAGGUGCGCGGCACGAACCCGUGGACCAAGCUGAAGUCUGUUAGCUAAAGUUUUUAUUUUUUUCCUUAAGAUGCUUACCCUCUCAAUAUAAAAUGACCAGCCCUGCCCCUCAUUUAUACGCACACAUCAUAAAAUGUACCACAACUUAACACCUCUGACCCAGAGCUUUAAUCAUCAACAAAAUAAUAAAUCAGUGCUGUACAUUUUAGCAUCUGGGACCAUGUUUACAAACAUGUUCUGAGAAUAAAACAAAGAAAGAACACUAAUAUAUUAAAACCUUUAAGUUAACUUUGUGCUAAUUUUCUCCUUUUAGUCCCUUUUCCAUAAAUUUCCAAGCAGACCUUCAGAAAAGCUAUUUACUGCCAACUUUACAGUUUAAAUUAAAGCUUUAACAGGAAUGAAUAAUGUUAUUUCUGCAUAAAACGUCAGACACCUUGCUGAUAAAAAUGUUAAACAGGCAGACAUGGAAGUAAGUCAAUAUUAAAUGAUGCUUUUGGUAUAAAAAAUACAUUGAGUUAAUUUUUCAUUCGAGAUAUUUGAUCCAGUUUCUUAUUUAUUAGAUUUUCUGCAGAGAAGAAUAAAAUAUUGACAAACUUCCUGAAUUAUAGAUCAUUUACUAAAAAUCUCCACCUGCAAUGGUGAAAUAUUUAUCUUGUGUUUGGAGUAGUACAUGCAGCAAUGCAUAUUUGAAUGUAUGAAUCAAUAUUAUUGUCUUGUUUAAAAGGGUUUUCUUUAAAUAUUUUAAGGUUAAUUGAACAUUAAGCACUUGUCAUGUUUUAUCCUCAGAAGUUUUGCUAAUUUGGCCCCAUCUCAACAUGUUAAAUAGCUUCAGAUACACGUUUGAUGAUUUUCUGUGGUCUUUAUGAGGUGUGAUAAACAAAUGUCCAUUGGCCCAACAUCUAAUUUGUAAAAACAAACAUCUUUUUACUCUUAAUAUUGAAGUGUACCUAUAAAACACCAGUUUCUGUUUUGUUUUAACCCCAACCUAUGAGGACUUUGUAAAAGGCAGCCGGGUACAGACUGUUUAAAUCAUCAACACUCAUUUUGUCUCCAUAUCUUUUCUUUCAAUGUUUGUAUGUAUGAGAACAAGUAAACAGCAAGGGAAAUUUUUUAAUUUAUCUUGCCAAACCAAACAUGUGCCUGGCAGAUCUCAUGAUGUUCCAUAAAGCUGAAUGUGUAUUUUCAUGUCUGUCACACUUCAAGCUGAGCAGCUGAUCCUGUGCCUCUAAAAGUUGAGUGUUUUCAGAGAUGUGUUCAGACUUGAGUUUAUAUUCAUGGAGUUAUUUUGCAGAUUCUCAGGUGCUCAGGUGCCUUUGUAAAGUUUCAGGAUUGAAACUUAAAAAGCUAUUUUUUUCUCUAGAGAAGCUUGUUUUAAGAUGCUAACUAUCCUUAUAAUUUACAGUCAAAAUGAACACAAACUGAACCAUCUUUCGCUCAAACAACGGUGCAUAAAAACACUCUGACCUUUAGUCAGUGCAUUUAUCAGCUCAGCUUCACAUUUCAUGAUGUUUUCAAAUCAAAGACGGCUGUUGGGUAAAGUUUUGAUGGUGCAGCAACGUGAGCGUCAGUAGCGUUAUGUACCUGUGGUAUUUAAAGACAUCAGCAGUGGUACAAACUUAAAGGGCUAUUGACAUUUUUGAUUGUAGUUUUUCUUGUUUAGUACUUGGAUUAAAAGAUGACAGCUCUGUCAACUCAGGCAGCAAGAAAACCUGCAUAUCAGCAUAUACUGCUGCAAGCAAGCUGCUAUUUUAAAUUUAUAUUAUGAAUAUCCAAAGUAAUUUAAACUAAAUCUUCUUGUUAUACAUCAGUACAUGGCUAAUAAGACAGACUAAAAUCGAAAAAUGUCAAUACUUGUAUUUAUACAACUGGAAAAAGCUACGGAGCAGGUUUUAUUGUAGUGAACUGUUACAUUGUUAGGUUGGCAGAUAAAGAAAAUAAACGCUCCAUGGAAACAUUUUAUGUUUUAUGUGUGCGUUAUUGUAAUAAAAAGCCUGUAAGAUA